UUUGGUAGUAGAACAUAAAAUGACACACAGGCUGAGGGAGAGCUGGAGGGUUUUCUUCUAUCUCAUACAGAUCGACCUGUCCUAAUAGUCUAACCUGUAAUAUUUCUCUCCCAGAGAUUUGCACUUACCUGAUUCUCAAAAAUUAGAAAGCGCAUCCCAUAUACAUUUAAAACGGAAUACAUCUUUUAGUUUCCAAUGAUGAGUUGAUUCCGUAUUUUAUGGUAUGGUUGGCUUGUAGGAACAUGAAAACUGAAGACUGAAAACUGUGGGAGUAUUUUCAAAGUAGUUUUUCUUGUUCUUAAAGACGCAGUGAAAUGAGAAAUGGAUUUUCAGGAACCUGAUCAGAAAAUGCUGGGCCAAAAAUUCAAAAGGACUGCUGUGACACAUACUCACUUGCCUGUUUAUUAAGUACACCUCGAUAAAACGAAGGCAGUAUAAUACCACAGGCCUGUAAUAAAUCCUCCCUUCAUGAGGAUUAAUGUUCAGUUUUUACUGAAUCUGUUUGAAAGAGGUGUUGAUUUAUUUGGAUGGGGAUUUUGGAGGCUGUCAUUUGUGGUCCCGUUGAACUGUAAUUGGUUAUACUGAGAGGUGUCCCUAAUAUUUUGUCAAUCGUAAUUCAUAUAAAUGUGAUGGAGAAAUGAAGAUGAAUUUAAUCACUGUGUCAAAGUAACCCUUUCUCUGAACUGGAACAAGAGGUUUUUUACUGAAGAACUUGACAUAAAAUUUAAAAUGGCUAUUAUGUGGAUUUAUUUCAUCACUGGAAUAAUUGUAGUCAAGUAAAUCACUGGCAAAUGUAUUUUUGCAUUAGUAAGGUAAAUAUUUGAAAUAAUUUAACGUUAGUUUAAGCCGUUUUCUCACUUCUGCGUUUUGUUACUAUAACUGCAGCGGUGCAUAAAUUACUUAUUCCGUCUGUUAAUAAACCCAAUUAACAUGCUUGGAUGGGGAUAAAAAGUAAACGAAACGAUGCUGUCUUGCUGUCGCUGUGUCUUAAUCAAUGCGCUCGGGGAUGCUUUUGAUUCAAGGGACUGUGCAUAGCAGUUGUAUUGCUGUGAUAAGCCAUUUACAAUUUGUGGAGCUAGGGUCUCUGUAUAAAAUACUCCCACACUUUAGAUUAUCCUGUGCAAGGUUUUGGAGCUGCAGCUUGUUUUCAGGGGAAUCUGUUCUUUUACCGAGUGCACUGUUAUCGGUGAUGUUUGCUUCAAUGGCUCACCCCAGCCUUAACUGAAUAUAUUUAAUGUUUCUCUCUUUAUGUUUUUCAAGAACCGCUCAUCCAAAAACCUUGACGGAUGACAUUGCACUUCCUUGGGUCCUCAACAAUACACAUGUUGGCAGUAUCCAUCAUUUUGCAGAAAUGGCUGGUCUGGGCUUGGCCAAGAGAUGGCUAUCUGCUCAGCUGCUGCUCCUAGGGACACUGUCCAACAUCUCUGACUCCAGAGUACAUUUGUUUGCUCCUGAUGCUGUCACACUUGAGGAAUACUCUAAAGCCAACAUCACCAUUACAUCCAGUUCCCCUGUCAACCAGUCAGUCGUGAUUCAGUUAAAUGUCACCUAUAGCUCCAAGUGGAACUACUCAUCUGUAAUCACAGUACCUGAGCAGGUGUUACUGCCUAUGGAGGCAACCUCAGUCACUUUCAAUGUGACUGCCCAUGAUGUUGGUCAGGUGACCACAUACUUGCUUAGCAACAACACGGACCUUAACAAUUUGUCCAUCAGGAUCCACUUUAUGGUCAUCCAUAGCAACAUCCUGUCAAUGAUCAGUCAGGUGAUUGGCUGGAUUUACUUUUUGGCCUGGUCUGUGUCCUUCUAUCCACAAGCUUGGGAAAACUGGAGGCGGAAAAGUGUUGUAGGUCUCAACUUUGACUUCCUGGCUCUCAACCUAACUGGCUUCAUUGCUUACAGUGUCUUCAAUAUUGGGCUGUUCUGGGUGCCAUUUAUAAAGGAGGAGUUUUUGAAGAGGAACUCCAAUGGAAUUAACCCUGUCAACGCUAAUGAUGUCUUCUUCAGUCUCCAUGCUGUCCUACUCUGUUUGGUGUACAUCAGCCAGGCUGUUGUGUAUGAGAGGGGGGGUCAGAAGGUCUCCUGGGCUGCCUUUUUUGUUUUGCUGAUUGCAUGGACAUUUGCCUUGGUCAGCUUGUUUCUUGCUGUAGCAAAACAGAUCACAUGGUUGGAUUACCUCUACUAUUUCUCCUACAUUAAACUAACAGUUACUCUGAUCAAAUAUGUGCCACAGGCGUACAUGAACUAUAGAAGACAGAGUACUGAGGGGUGGAGUGUUGGCAAUGUGUUGUUGGACUUCACUGGUGGAAUCUUCAGUAUUCUACAAAUGAUUUUACAGUCUUACAACAACGAUGAGUGGAGGCUGAUAUUAGGUGAUCCUACAAAGUUUGGCCUGGGUUUGUUCUCUGUGACGUUCGACAUCCUCUUCAUGACUCAGCACUACUGUCUUUACAGACAGCCACCACAGUACGAAGCUGUUACGGGCCAAGAAGACUGAUGCUGGCUCACUGCUGUGUUGAUAGACUGUCUAAAAUCACUCAAUCACAAGGGAACACGUGACCGAUUUCUAUCAGUAAACAAGCAUGAGCACAUCUGUUCAACCAACAAAUGAUUCAAGUUACUGGAGAGAAGUCAUGGUGGUUGUCAUCUUUGGCUUCCAUCAUAUGCAGAGUUCUCCAGAGCAGGUUUUACAUGAUUUGUAUCCAGAAUCUCUGAGCUCAGUGUGCCGCCUUCUAAAAUAUCUCAGGAUCAGCAUGUUUUUUUGUUUUUGUUUUUUUUACCACUGUAUGAAUAUUUUGGUUAAUAUAAAUGUAUAAGCAAAACUGAUGUGUUGAUGUAAACACUUUUUAUUACAUCCAAUAUAAUAUUUAAGCUUGCAGUUGUGACAGUUUGCUAAAAGGUCUGAUUGUGCUGACUGAAACUCCACAAAAAAGGAUUAAACAGUUCACUGUCAUAACAGUC